AUGGCGUCGAGUUCCCAGCAGCAGCGUGAGGUGUCGGAGCAGUAUGAUGAGGACGCCUUGUCCGAUAAAUGGGCAGACAUGCGGCUUGAAGAUGAGGAGGAAGGUGUAGAGGCAGCCAACGCCUUCCGGCCGAACGAUGUGGAUGGGGGUAAGGUGUAUUCGGUUGUAGGUCGUUUUCUCACGAGGAAGAUGAUCAAGGUCGAGUACAUGCGGCAGGUUCUAGCUUCGGCCUGGCAGCCUGUUAUGGGUCUACGGGUAACGGAGUUACAUGCGAACCUCUUUCUGUUUGCUUUUUAUCACGAAACGGACAUGCUCAGGGUGCUCCAGGAUGGGUCAUGGUCGUUUGAGAAUCACACGCUGGUCUGUCGGCAGGUGUGCGAUGGGUCAUUGCCUGGGGAGGUCAAACUUGAUACGGUUGAUAUGUGGGUGCAAGUCUAUGACUUGCCUAUGGGAUAUACGUCCAACAUGAUUUUGGAGCAGGCAUGUAAUUAUGUUGGUACGUUUAUUAAGUGUGAUGAUCGUCAGGUUGGGGGGCCAUGGAAAACGUUUUACCGUGUGAGGGUUGCAGUACCAGUGGACAAACCGCUAAAACGUAGAAUGAAGUUGAUACGCCGGGAUAAAACCUGGGGAUGGGUCAAUUUUAAGUAUGAACGUCUACAUAAUUUUUGUUACUGCUGUGGAAUGUUAGGGCACCUAGAAAAAUUCUGUGUGAAGGCUAGGGUUUCCGGGAUCAAGCCGGAGCUGUAUCCGUAUGGAGCCUGGAUGAGAGCAGGAAGGACCAAGGGGCCGAGGCCGGUUGGAGCAUCUUGGCUAUUACCGCCGGUUGGUGACACACCGUUGCCACCGAAGGUGCAGCCGGGUACGGGUUCGCCAGGUGUGGGGGGGAUGGCGGAUGUGCAUAUGGUGGUGAGUGGGGAUGAGGUAGAUGAGGAUGUGGUGGCUUCGUCUAAAAGACGCCGUGCUGGUACGGUGGAUGAUGAUCUCACCGGGGCUACUGUACCAGUGAGUGAGGAGGUGGUGCAUGACAAUGUGUCAAAAAACUUGCAGAUGGCGGGUCUUGGUUCCCAGGCCCGCCCGACCCAAUGA